AUGCCCACUCAAGCCCUUAGAAAUGGUGAAAUGAUCAAAGUGAAAGCAUGUGAAAUUCAUGUUGGAGACAUUGUUAAGGUUGAAAAGGAUCAAUCGUUUCCAGCAGAUUUACUUCUCAUUGCAUCAAGUGUUGAAGAUUCGAGUUGUAAAAUAGAGACUGCAAACCUGGAUGGUGAAACCAAUCUUAAAACUCGCUACACACCCAACGUUCCAUUCUCUUUCGAUACGAUUGAAAAGUUAUCUUCAAUGAAGGGGAAAAUCUCAUGUGAAUUACCAAAUCAGGAUAUUCACACAUUCAAAGGUUCGCUCUCCCUUGAAGGUCAUUCCGUUCAUGAACUACCACUUUCUCACCUUAAUUUACUGUUGAAAGGAUCCAUUCUCAAAUCCACCGAAUACGCCAUUGGUAUUGCCGUUUACACUGGAAAAGACACUAAAAUUAUUAGAAACAUGAAUAAGGGUCGUGUCAAAUUCAGUUCUGUGAAUUACAUGUUGAACAUUUUUAUUGCAAUGGUGGCCAUUCUGUUGGUCGCUUUGUGUUUACUUUUUGCAGGGCUCUCCUCCUACCACGAGUUCACUUUUCCUCGAAAAUACACCUACACUGGUCUACCAAAAUUGAAAGUGAAUGAUGCAGCAAGUGUGAUUCUUUCUUUCCUUACCUUUUAUAUCUUGUUCAACUUGUUGAUCCCAAUUUCAUUGUUUGUCACGUUUGAGUUUGUGAAAAUUAUUCAAGCAUGGUUCAUCACAAGAGAUAACCAAUUAGCUGUGUAUGGAGCAGAUCCUCACAAUCCUGAGAGAAAUAUUCUGGUGAGAUCGACAGCACUUUCGAGUGAUUUGAAUGCAGAUUUAGCCAAAAUUGACAUUAUCUUUUCAGACAAGACAGGAACUCUGACUGAAAGUUCCAUGUUCUUCAACAAGUGUUGUGUCGGUAGUUCCUACGUUCAUGAUGACCUGCUUCAUAAAGGUGCACUAGGAAAUGAAUUGACAAGAAUGAAAGAUCUCUUGAAAGAUAGAUCUCUCCAUUCGGUGGAAAUCACUCCUGAAGAAGAGCAAUGGUUUAACACCUUGAAUACUCUCCUCCUACUCUCAUUGUGUCAUGACGUAAGUCCAAGAGAGAACAACGAAUCCUCCUCCUCUCAAACUCUUAACACCGAAAGCUCAUCCGUCUUGUUUGAAGGAGCAAGUGUCGAUGAAAUUGCUCUCGUUCAAGGUGCUUUUAAUAAUGGAUUUCAAGUCAAGUUUUGCUCUGAUAAGAAAAUCAUCGUGUGUAUUCUGGGUAGAGAUAACAUCUUUGAGAAAGUGUGUGAAAUUCCGUUCACUCCAGAACGAAAACGAAUGAGUGUACUUUUUGAAAUUCCAGAAUCUUUUCUAUGCGACUAUCCCGUGUACAGAAAGAUGUACAAUUUGCGAUCAGUGACAAGCAGUAGUAGAAGCCUUACAUCGACCCUAAAUGGUAUUGAUCGUGCCUCCGAUGUGAAUUCAAAAGUUCUUGUUUGUUUUACUAAGGGUGCAGAUAGUUUCCUUUUUCCAUGCAUGGAGUCACUUCAUUCCAAGCAACACAAAGCAAGAUUGGAUGAACAAAUUCUCAAUUUUGCAAAACAAGGACUCCGAACCUUGUUAUUGGCCUUUAAAUUUGUGGAUACCACUCAUGCUCAAGACUGGGUCAUGAAAUACCAUUCAAUCAAAUCCAUGACACAUCUGGAUCAUAACACUGAAUUCACUUUGGAAGCACUCGAGAAAGAGAUGGAAACGAAUUUACAAAUUGUUGGUGCAACUGCUAUUGAAGAUAUGCUUCAACCACAAGUACCAGAAACUAUCAAAUUCUUCCUCGAUGCAGGUCUACAACUUUGGAUGCUUACUGGUGAUAAGCGAGAGACAGCUCUCAAUGCCGCUUUUUUGGAAAACUUUUUAGAUGAAAAUACUCAAAUUAUUUCUUUAAAUGGAGAAGAUGGUUCCAUUGAGAGGUCUCCUGAAAGUAUGAAUAAGGCCAUUGAGGAUUUACUGGCAUCAAAGAAUGAUCCAUCCAAUUGUGGCACCUCUCAAGCUUUAGUAAUUGAUGGACAUGCAUUUUCACAAUGUAUGGAACAUGAAAGUAGUACUAAAUUAUUUGUGGAAUUGAUUAAGAAAUGCAAGACAGUCAUUUGUUGUAGGGCAACUCCAAAGCAAAAAGCUCAACUCGUCGAUAUUACAAUGAACAGACUUGGAAAAACAAGUUUGGCCAUUGGAGAUGGUGCCAACGAUGUUCCAAUGAUCUUAAAAGCAAAAGUUGGAAUUGGUAUUAUGGGCAAAGAAGGAACACAAGCCAAGUUAGCUUCGGAUUAUUCCAUUCCAAGAUUUUACAUGCUGAAACGAUUGUUGACUGUUCAUGGAAGAUAUUCUUACAAGAGAUCAGCAAAACGCAUUCAAUACUCCUUCUACAAGAAUAUUACUCUCACAUUCAUUCAUAUAUAUUUCACUUUUUACACCAUGUAUUCAGGUCAAACGCUUGUAGACAGUAGUAUCUUGUCAUGGUACAAUUUGAUUUUCACAAUUUUGAAUCCAUUUGUUUUUGGAUUGUUCGAUAAGGACAUUCAUGAAAAACAUUUGGAAGACCCUGAGACUGGACCUAAACUUUAG